AUGACGCGCCGCGUCGCGCGCGCUGCGCUGGCCUACGCCGCGGUCGGCGCUCGGGCGCGGGUCUGCGAGGUCACGAUCCAGGUCGACGGCGCGGGCGUAGGCCUCGCCUUCGCGAACGAUGUGGAGCUCGACGCGGCCGUGCGCGGUACAUCCAAGGCGCACGCCCGCCUGAACGCCGCCUGCGACGCCGCGCCCUACGGCGACGCCGCGGCGUCCGACGUGGACGCCGCGUCUCCGGACUACGCUGCGCCUCUGGACGACGAAGACACCGCGCGGUCCGAGCCCGGCGCAUCGCCUCUGGACGACGACGAUGCCGCGCGGUACGAGCUCGACGCCGCGGCGGACGCCGGCGAGCGCGAGGCCGCGGGCGAGGCCGCGCCGGCAGGAUCGGCGGCGCUCCUCCCGUCGACGCUCGAGGACUACGUGACCCUGUGGAUGGUCGCGUGGUCCGCGUGCUUCGCCGUCGCCGCGGUGGUCGCGGCGCUCGAUCGCGCGCUCGACCUCCGCGUCGAAGACCGGUGCCCGCGCUUCCGGCGGGCCUUCUCGCUGCCGCGCGGCGCGCGGCGCUGGCUCCUCGCGACGGGCGGUUUCGCGGCGUUGCUGGACACGCGCGGGAACCUGCUGCCGAACCUGCACGACGCGCUCCAUGGCCCCGGGGGCCUCUGCCGCGUCGGCGCCGUGGGCCACGUGUCGCUCCACGACGUCAAGGUCGAGGGCGCGUCCUACGUCCUCUACGCGCUCCAGGCGGCGCUCGGCGCGGCGCAGCUCGUCUCGGCGUCGAGGGACGCGCCGGCGAGCCCGCUCCGGGAAACCCUGCUCUGGGCAUUGCUGCAUUCGUCGGAGCGCGCGUGCUUCGAGUCGCACGGCCUGGGAAAGCAGUGGGCGUACGCGGCGCUCGUCCAGCUCUGGGUCGCCCUCACGCCCGACGACCCGGGGCCGAGCGCGGGCGCCGUCGGCGUCCUCUUCCAGAUCUGGGCCACGCACGCCUUCGCGGGCGCCGAGAAGGCCGGCCUCGGGCGCGACGCGUGGGUGCGGACGGGCGGCGCGCUGCGCGCGGCGCUAUCGAUGCCCGUCUACGCGGCGCCGCUCGGCGCCCGCGCCGCGCGCGCGAUGCCCCCGAGGCUUGGGGGGGUUUUGACGCGCGGCGCCGUCCUGUUCGAGCUCGGUCUGGGACCGCUGCUCCUGGCGCGGCGCCGCGCGGUCGGGGCGGCGCUGGUUCUCUUCCACGGCGUCAACCUGUGGACACUCGCGAUCUUCGAGUUCCCCCUCGUCGCUCUGGGCGCGAGCGCGCCGCUCCUGCUCGCGCCGCCGCCGCCGCCGCGAGCAGAAAGUGGGCGCCGCGGCGGCCGCGUUCAGGCCUCGCUGGCCGCGCUCCUGGUCUACGCGAACGCGCGCGUCCUCUGCGCGUCGUGCGACGCGACGCUGAAGUCGAGGUACGCGGGCGCCCUGGCGCUCCCGGCGUCCGCGCGGCGCCUCCUCGGGGGGCUGGCCAUCGACCAGAAGUGGCCCCUGCCCCACUCGGUCUGGGGCGGCCUCUGGGGCUGGAGCGCGAUGGGGAGCGCCCAUCUGCACAGCAUGCAAAACCGGCCGCGCGCGGACACGCGCGUCCAGCGCCGAGUCUGCGACUCGCUCCUGGCCGCGCCGCCGCGCGACGCGGCGGUUGCCGCGGCCACCGCCGACGGCUAUGACGCCGAGGUCCGGCCCGACGGCGAGAUCCGCGCGACGUUCCACUUCACAUGGCGCGGGGCCCAGCGGUCGUUCGCCGUCGCCGUGCCCGGCGGGGGCGCGCUCUGGUCCGCGCGCGACGCGUCGCGGGACGUCGGCGCCGCCUGCGACGACGCGGGCGUGCCCGCGGCCGCCUGCGACGCGACGCUCAAGCCCCACCCCCGACCAAGUAAGAUGAAAAGAACUCUGCUCAUCACCACGGCCUUGUGCGCCGCCGCGGAAGAACAACCGGACGUCGCGCUCGUCCUCCGCGGCAUCUCGUCGCCGCGGCGCUACGACAGCAUCGGCGGCAUCUAUUACUCCGGCGGCUGGCGCGCGACGCACUGCGACCUGCGGCGGCGCUAUAUUGAACCAUUCGGCGCCGACGUCUUCCUGCACACGUGGGCCGGCGCCGAGGCCGCGGCCGUCGUGCGCGCCUACGCGCCCGUCGCCGCCGUCGUCGAGCCGCAGCGCAACUUCAGCGGCUAUUACAAAAACCUCGUCGCCGUCGACCCCUGCGACGCGACGCUGGUGUCGUCGGGCCAGCGCUGCCCCGUGACGCUCCAGAACAAGUUCUCCAUGUUCUGGUCCCUCCGCGAGGCCGCCCGCGUCAUGGCGGAGCACGAAGACGCGCGGGGGAAGCGGUACGCGUUCGUGCUGAACACGCGCUUCGACGUCCGCUUCCGCGGCGCGCCGCUCUUUCUCGACCGCGCGGCGCUCGCGCCCGGCGCGUUCUACGGCGUCGUGCACCCGGCGACGCCGGGCGUGCACCCGCGCGAGUUCGUCGACGACAAGCUCUUCGGCGCGGGCUCCGAGGCCGCGCGCGCCGCGGGCGCCGUCUUCGACCUGCUGCCGGACCUCGCCGUUAACACGCCCUACGGCGCCCUCAAAUCCAAGGGCGGCAUCACGAAUCGCGUCGAGGAGAUCGCGAACGUCGCCGGCGCGGCGCCCUUCGAGUUCUCGAACCACGUGAACCUCGAGCGCGGCGUCCUGCGCUUGCUCGGCGACGACGCGUCAGUAUUCCGCCACCUCUGCGACGCGCUGCGCGACGACGGCGGCGGCGCGUGCACCCUCGAGGCCGUCUCCGAGCUCUACCGCGGCGGCGACGGCGACACCGCCUGCGCGGCAGUAGCCUGCGUAGAUGAAGGGUGCCUCGUGCACGUCCGCCGCUGGCACCUGACGCGCCUCCCCUAA